CGUCCUCGCAACGGCCUCUCCGCCUGCUGGGUAACAAGUAUUCCAUUGGCACCUUCAAUUUCCAGCCAUUCUUUUACCUGCUCUCCUGAAGCAACGGACAAUGCCACCCUUCUGGCAGCUCAUUGGUGAAGGACUGGCGCGCGCUCAAGAAGAGGCUGCCAGGCACAUCACCCCAGAGAACAUCAACAUCGCCGUCCAGGCCGUUCGAGAUGGCGUCGGGCACGCCGUGGAGCAGGUGAACCAGCAUGUAACGCCGGAAAACAUUGAACGUGGUGCUCAAAUAGUUCGGAGCGGUAUUGAUAUAGCCGUUGAACAGGCUCAGAGGGUAUCUACACAUCAUGGCAACAUGAAGACAUUGCUUCAGCUCACUGACGAUUUUCAGCACGUCACUGCUGAGAAUAUCAACCGUGGCGCUCAGAUCGCUGGCGAAGGCGUCCGAUUUGCUACAGAACAAAUCCGUCAACACGUCACUCCCGAGAACAUCAACCGCGGCGCCCAGAUCGCGGGCGAAGGCGUCCGAUUUGCUACAGAACAAAUCCGUCAACACGUCAACCAAGAGAACAUCAACCGUGGUGUCGAGAUUGCCCGAGGUGGUAUUGAUACUGCAGCGCAGCACAUCCGUGAACACGCCACCCCCGAGAACUUUCAACACGCAACGGAGAAACUGCGCGAAAACGUUGGAGAAAUAGUGCAAGGGCCCGUCGGUCAGAAGGUUGCCACCGUGGUCGAGG